CACUUGCCGUAGGUUCCCGGCUCGCCCGACGUUGCCACCGCCUUUGUGAAGAGGUGAAAGCGGAGCUGGGCGCGGAGCCUCUGAGCGGUGGUUUAGGCGGAGAGAGAUUCUGCUGUCAGGAUUCCAGCCAUGUCUGACAAAAGUGAAUUGAAGGCAGAGUUAGAGCGCAAAAAGCAACGCUUGGCGCAAAUCAGGGAGGAGAAGAAAAGAAAGGAGGAAGAAAGAAAGAAAAAGGAAACUGAUCAGAAGAAGGAAGCUCUUCCUGUACAAGAAGAGUCUGACCUUGAAAAGAAAAGAAGAGAAGCUGAAGCAUUGCUUCAAAGCAUGGGAUUAACACCAGAUUCUCCUAUAGUCCCUCCUCCUAUGUCUCCAUCUUCCAAAUCUGUGAGUACUCCAAGUGAGGCUGGAAGCCAAGAUUCUGGUGAUGGUGCCGUUGGAUCUAGGACGCUGCAUUGGGAUACUGAUCCAUCAGUUCUUCAGCUCCACUCUGAUUCCGAUCUGGGACGUGGGCCUAUUAAACUGGGAAUGGCUAAAAUUACACAAGUUGACUUUCCUCCUCGAGAAAUUGUUACAUACACAAAGGAGACUCAAACACCAGUUAUGACUCAACCAAAAGAAGAUGAUGAAGAUGAUGAUGAUGUGGUGGUACCAAAGCCAUCAAUUGAACCCGAAGAAGAAAAAACAUUGAAAAAUGAUGAAGAGGAGGAAGCUGCCCCUCAUGAGCUUACAGAAGAGGAAAAACAGCAAAUUUUGCACUCUGAAGAGUUUUUAAGUUUCUUUGACCAUUCUACAAGGAUUGUAGAAAGAGCUCUUUCUGAGCAGAUUAACAUUUUCUUUGACUACAGUGGAAGAGAUUUGGAAGACAAAGAAGGAGAGAUUCAGGCAGGCGCUAAACUGUCCUUAAACAGACAGUUUUUUGAUGAACGCUGGUCAAAGCAUCGUGUUGUUAGUUGUUUGGACUGGUCAUCUCAGUAUCCAGAAUUGCUUGUAGCCUCUUACAACAAUAAUGAAGAUGCCCCUCAUGAGCCUGAUGGUGUGGCUCUUGUGUGGAAUAUGAAAUACAAGAAAACUACCCCGGAGUAUGUCUUUCACUGCCAGUCAGCAGUGAUGUCGGCUACAUUUGCAAAAUUUCAUCCAAAUCUGGUGGUUGGUGGCACAUAUUCAGGCCAAAUUGUGCUAUGGGAUAAUCGCAGCAAUAAAAGAACCCCAGUGCAGAGAACUCCACUUUCAGCUGCUGCUCACACGCACCCUGUGUACUGUGUAAAUGUGGUUGGGACCCAAAAUGCUCAUAAUUUGAUUAGCAUCUCAACUGAUGGAAAGAUAUGCUCAUGGAGUCUGGACAUGCUUUCCCAACCUCAGGAUAGUAUGGAGUUGAUUCAUAAGCAAUCCAAGGCUGUAGCUGUCACGUGCAUGUCCUUUCCUGUUGGAGAUGUCAAUAACUUCGUUGUUGGAAGUGAGGAAGGCUCUGUGUACACAGCAUGCCGCCAUGGCAGCAAAGCGGGAAUCAGUGAGAUGUUUGAAGGACACCAAGGACCAAUCACAGGUAUCCAUUGCCAUGCAGCAGUUGGACCUGUAGACUUCUCUCAUCUUUUUGUCACCUCAUCAUUUGACUGGACAGUAAAGCUUUGGACAACUAAGAAUAACAAGCCUCUCUACUCAUUUGAAGACAACUCAGACUAUGUUUAUGAUGUGAUGUGGUCUCCCACUCACCCCGCCCUGUUUGCUUGUGUGGAUGGAAUGGGUAGGCUUGAUCUGUGGAAUCUCAACAACGAUACUGAGGUGCCAACCGCAAGCAUUACUGUGGAGGGUAAUCCUGCUCUUAAUCGUGUGAGAUGGACGCAUUCUGGGCGAGAGAUUGCUGUAGGUGAUUCAGAAGGACAAAUAGUUAUAUAUGACGUGGGAGAGCAAAUUGCUGUUCCCCGCAAUGAUGAAUGGACACGUUUUGGUCGAACACUAGCGGAAAUUAAUGCAAACAGAGCUGAUGCAGAGGAGGAAGCUGCAACCCGCAUACCUGCCUAAAUCUUUCAGAAUGGGUUCUAGUAGUGGAUUUGGGAAUGACUUACGUGCGUUGUCAGAGUAAUAGCAUGUUUCAGUCUAACUGAUAACCUGAGGAGAAAUACGUGGAAUAAACUGUGGAUUUUGAAAAUGUAUAAAAUCACUGAAAAUUAAGUCUUGCAAUGUCACUUUUUUAUACAUAAUUACAAGCACAUUAUUGUUUAAUUUUUUAAUACAGCUGCCCUGACUUUGCAAGAAACAAGUUUUGCUGAAACACUAACUUACAUGUAUAUUAGCUGUAACGCUAUUGAAUUUUUCAACUAACAGUAUGCAACUAUUUCUGAAGGAUAAACACAAGUUCCAUUUCUCAAUCAGAACUUCCUAUAUUACACUGGCUAACUUUCAUUAGGUAGUUAAUCUCUGAUGGUUUGUUAAUAUUAGGAUAUUGGAACUGCCCAUGGAAGUGCAUGCAUCUGUUCAAAGUAAACCUUCAUCUUGUUUCUGACUUGCUCUUUUUUAAUAAAUAAGCAAGGCUAGGGUAGUAGGUUAUGUAUACGAAUAAAAUAAUUAGUCUGUAAUAAACUUUAUUUGGUCACUGAA